AUGCCAUCCUUAUCGGGUCCUGAAGGAGGCGAAGAUGUUAAUUCUAAUGAUAUUAAACAGGAAAUUGCGCGCUUCGAAAGUGUCCACCCUUCUAUCUAUGCUAUGUAUGACCUCAUCGAGGCUCUCACUGAUCGCCGACAAGCUGAGAUGUUCCGACGGCAGGUUGCCAGUGUUGAAGAUGCUUUUGUUAAUAGUCAAGAAUGGACACUUGGGCACACAGUUCCACAGAUAAAGUUGGGACUACUUGGUUCAGUUAACAGCGGGAAGUCGGCUUUAGUUCAUCGCUACCUUACUGGCACAUAUUUAAAAGACGAAUCGCCCGAGGGCGGACGAUUUAAGAAAGAAGUUGUGCUGGAUGGGAUGAGCUACCUUCUCCUCAUACGUGAUGAGGGUGGUGCACCCGAUGAACAAUUUAGCAGAUGGAUAGAUGGAGCGGUUUUUGUCUUUAGCCUAGAUAGUGAAGAGAGUUUCCGAGUCGUAUGCGAUUAUUUUGAACGCCUUGACACUUUCAGAGAAAUCCGUGAUCUGCCUAUUAUUCUGGUGGGGACACAAGGUAGGUAUCCUUUGUCUAAUAUUGACAUUUACAUAGAUUCAACUUCUGAUUCAAAUCCUCGUGUUAUUGAUGAUGCAAAAGCAAGACGACUAGCGAAUAGUUUGAAUAAAUGUCCCUACUACGAAACUUGCUCCACCUACGGUCUUAACGUGGAAAGAGUAUUCCAAGAUGCCUGUGUAAAAAUUGUUCAAUCGCGACCUGAUUUGAGUUACCUACUGUCGGCCAGCACUCCUCAAUUUCAAAGGGGUCAACAAUUUCAAGUAUUCCAACAGCGCGCACAGCCACCCUAUCCAAUGCAACCACCGUUUCCUCUCCAGCACGUCCCUUCCAAUAGUUAUCGCGACAGAAUGAUACAACCCAUAUCUCAAAUUCAUUCAGCGACAAUGGGAGGCGUCGACCCCAAUCUUUCCAACUGCAUGAGUACCCAAUCGUCACUUCAGUGCAUGCACGCCAACACUACGGCCCGUGGAGGAACCUAUCAACACAGACUACCCCCUCUUCCUGUGGAUAACGCUACCAAUGGAAGCAUCAACACUAGUGGCAGUGGUAGUGCUCUCACUCCCCAAUCCAACGAUUCCCGUCGAUCUGAUAUGCACAACAAUCCUGGUUUCGAGCCAGACUUUGGUGAUGAACCGCGAGGCGAAGCCAGGGACCCCCUCACUCCUAGUAGUACGCCCACUCAAUCGCGGAAGUCAAGGCCCAAGUCAAACCUCUUUAGGAAAACGGAUGAUGCACGGGAGAAGGAGAAGAAGGUGGUGGACGGGAUCGGCAGUGGUAGAUCCAUUCCCAUUAAGCAGGGCUACCUGUACAAACGGACCUGCAAGCCAUUGAAUAAGGAGUGGAAGACAAAGAAGUACGUCGCGCUGACAGAUGACGCUCGUCUCAUCUAUCAUCCCAGUAUCCAGGAUUACGUCCAAAACUCUCACGGCAAGGAGAUUGAUCUGAGUCGAGUCACAGUGAAAAUCCCCGGUGUUAUUUUCAGGCAGACCGGUGGUCAGGUAUCCUCUAACGGGCCUGCCCGCAAUCAACUGACGGAGAUGGGUUCAGAUAAACUGGCUGCUUCACUGGAAAACCCUGCUGGUAGUGGCGUCCACGACCCAGCACAGGUCACUAAUGACAGUAGUAUGAAUACCGGCAACCGAAUGGCGCCUCAACAGGGUGUGAAAGACACCUCAAAGAAACGCUACCGACGGGUGAAGUCUUCACAGAAAUCUGGUACCGCUGACGGCUAUGGUGCGUUGAUGCCUGUAAGACCAUCAGGACGUCAAAUAUAUGUAGCACUUGUGGCGAACGUGUUAACAAAGAGGGCAACCGUGAACACCACACUUGACAGUGCUUGUUUCUCUUCCCCAGAAUCUGAGGGCUACGAGUUUCAAUUGAUCUCCAUGGAUCGUCAAUGGAACUUCGAGGCUCAUAGCUCGGAGGACCGGGAUGACUGGGUGUCGCACAUCGAUCAGGCCAUAAUCACCCGCCUCCAAUUGCUCGAGUCGAGCAGCAAGCGUGAGGCUGUUCUCACGGGAUCGACGUCGGGGGCCGCGGCAUCAGGUCACACUGGUCUGGAGGUGCCCUCCAACAGUUGGGGAGGUGGCAGUCAUUCCGUACCUGGCGUUGGCGGGGGUGGCGGUGUUGGGACCACCGGCUCAGAUCCUGGUGGAGUGACCAAGGAGGGUGAGAAGUGUGAGAAUAUUCGAGUAGAUGAAGCUAUGGCUAAGUCACUACGUGCUGUGGCGGGGAAUGACGUCUGUGCCGAUUGUGGAGUACCUGAUCCGGAUUGGGCAAGCCUGAAUCUGGGUGAGAUGGUGUGCAUCGAGUGUAGCGGAGUGCAUCGCAAGCUGGGCACGCACAUCUCGAGAAUCCGCUCCCUCAUGCUCGAUGACUGGACUCCCGAGGCCGCAGCCGUCAUGCGCGCCAUUGGGAACACUCUCGCCAACUCCGUCUGGGAGGCUGCAGUACCUGGUAACGCCGCCAGUCGAAGGAAGCCGGAUUCGCGUAGUUCCAAGGAGGAGAUGGAGGCAUGGAUUCGAGCGAAGUACGAGCAUCGUGAGUUCCUACCGCCGCUGCCAUACCCCGAAGCGCCACUGCAGCAGCAGUUGAUCGACGCGAUCGCGCGUCAGGACACACGUCAGGUCAUCCUCUGUCUCGCCCGCGCUACGCCCGACACCGUCAACGCCCCGUACUCGCGACAAGAUCCUCGUGCUGCCAUUCACAUCGCUGCUACCCUCGGCAAUAUUGUCUACCUGCAGCUCCUUCUCUGGUACAACGGAGAUCCGGGAGUGAUGGACUCGGAAGGUCGGAACGCCUUUUAUUACGCGCAUUGUUCGUACCACUUCGACUGUGCCAACUUCCUCGCUCGCAACGGCUGUCCGCGUCAGGUCGUGCCCUCACCCGCCCUUGCCCACUUCGCCACCGUUCAGCAGCCGCAACAACCACAACAGCAGCAUCACCAUCAACAGCAACAGCAGCAAGUCAAGUCCCCACUACCACCGUCCCAGUCCCAGACGGUAAAUUCUAUUACACCCAAGCAUCAUCUACAGCAGCAUCCUGCUUACCAGCAGCAGCAAGCAAUGAGCUAUCGGACCUCGGGAGUCGCUGUAAGCCCCGGAAUACCGCCUCCCACUCCACAGGGUGUUAUGGCAAGUGGGUUCGCCCCUGUGUUCAUGCACAACAUAAUGCCGGUGUCGUCAGCCAAUGCGUUGCAUGGGACAAUGGGUGGUAGCAGUAGCGGACUGAGUCCAGCUACAGUGGUAGCGGGUGCGACCCUACCGCGUCGCAGGGGUCCCUUCGGUCCGGCCCAAGGCUGCUACCUGCCAUCCCAGCCACCACCCGCGACGGUGGCCAACAGCAUGGCCAACCGACCGCUUCCCGUUGCAGCAGCCUUUGACCCUAACACUGGACGCCCCCUCGUUCCCUCCUCUUCGCUGUCCCUGUCUGCGCCUCCCAAACCUGGCGAUAGCGGCAGUCAGGAGAUUGGCAUCUAG